GCCAAGCGCGGAGCCGAGGAGGGCGCGCACCUCCUGGAGGCACAGGAGGCCGACCGCGCCGCCGAGGCCGAGGAGGCGGACAGGCUCUGGGCCAAGCGGGAGGCGGAUCGCAGGGCCGAGGAGGAGGAGGAGGCCAGGCGGAAGGAGGCCGAGCUGCAGGCCGAGGCGGCCAGGCUGAGGGCGAACGAGGAGGCCGAGCGCAGGGCCGCGGAGGAGCGGGCCAGGCUGAGGGCCGAGGAGGAGAGGGAGGCAGCGCGCGAGGCCGAGGAGGCCAGGCGAAGGGCCAGACAGGAGGCCGAGCGCAAGGCUGGGGAGGACGCCCGGCUGGAGGCUAAGGCCGAGGCCGAGCGCAGGGCCGAGGCGGCACAGGCCACCAGGGCUGCGGCGCGCCCCGCUGCGGCUAAGCAGGCCGCUGCGCCGAAGCCGGCCGUGCCCUCCGUGGGCGCCGCCGCGGCGGCCGCCACGGCGGCCGUGGCGAAGGCCGCGACGGCCGCUGCGGGCCCCACCAGCGGGCCGCCGGCACUGGCGGAGCCCAAGGACCGAGGCCUCCUGGCGCCAGCGGCUCAGCCCCCGCGACCGACUGGCACUGCACCCAGGGCGACCGCGGCCAAAGCCGGUCGGCCACCGCCGCAGGAGACGAGGCGCUCCGCAAGGCCGCCCGCCUGGACGCCGAGCAGCAGGCGAGGCAGGCGAUACAGCGGCGCAAGGCGGAGGACGAGGAGCGCGCGAGGGCGUGCGCCGAGGUGUCCGCGAGGGCGGAGGAGGCGCUGCGGCGGGCGAAGGAGCGCGCAUCGGCCCCGUGGUGGUGGAACAUCGACCCAUCGCCAUCCCCUCGGACGCGCCCGCGCCGGCGCCGGCCUCCGCAGCGGAGGCGCCCAGCGGCUCGGACUCGGGCUCGGACUCAGACUCCGAGGUGGACGAGAUCGCCCUCCGAGCGGAGGAGGCUCUGCGCAAGGCCAUGGAGGAGGAGCAGGCGCUGCUCCGGGGCGAGGACGAGCUGAUCUACCGGCCCGCGCCCGCGCCCCCCCCCCCAUGCCCAAGCUCGGCCUCGGGGCGCUGCCAGCUGCCUCCGCGGAGGGCGCCCUGGACACCGCGCGGGAGGCGGAGCGAGAGCUGCAGGAGGCUCUGCAGACGGCGCGGACGCUGGAGCGGCAGCGCGAGGAGCGCGCCGCGGGCGGCGGGGAGCUGGCGAAGGCUCUGCAGAGGAUCGAGGGAGAGGCAGGCGUCGGAGGCGGCCGGCGCGACGUUCACGAGCCCGCGGCCCUGAGCGUCCGGGCGCCCCGCGCGGGUGGCCCUGUCGCGGGCGCUCGCCCCUGUCGCGGGCGUCUCUCUCUCUCUCUGUCUCUCUGUCUCUCUCUCUCUCUCUUCGGGAUUCUCGAUGUUAUCCUCACCCGAUGUUAUCCUCGUCCUGGCUUCGUCUUUCAGCGCGAGGUGCCAAACGCUUGA